ACGCCUUCCUACGCACUUCUCUUUCGUUUCCUAACACCCUACACCCAUGCACCGCAAGCUCCCGCCAUUAUCUCGCCCCACACUCCGCUCCGCCUCCGCCUCAGCCGCCGCCUCCGCUUGUUCGCCACCACCUAGCCGCCUACCUCCUCCGGUCCCACUCCGCGACCUCCUCGCCCACCGGCUCCCGCCUCCUCGCCCGCUCUCGCCUCCGGCCCCGCACCCUCACGCCGACAUCCUCCUCCUGCUCCGCCGCCGCCGCGGCGACGCCACCUCCCCGGAGCGCCUCCACGUCGAGCUCGUCAAGCGGGGGCUCUGCGAUGACCUCUUCCUCGCCAACCACCUCGUCAACUCCUACGCCAAGGGCGCGCGCCUGGCCGCGGCGCGCCUGGUGUUCGACGAAAUGCCCGAGCGUAACGCCGUCUCCUGGACUUGCCUCGUCUCCGGGUACGUGCUGCAGGGUCUCGCCGACGAGGCUUUCCAGGUGUUCCGUGCCAUGCUUCGAGAGGUGGAGCCCUGGUGCAGGCCCACGUCCUUCACCUUCGGGACUGUGCUCCGGGCGUGCCAGGAUGAGGGACCCGACCGGCUGGGCUUCGCGACACAGGUCCAUGGGUUGGUGUCAAAGACAGAGUAUGCGUCCAACACCACUGUGUGCAAUGCCCUGAUCUCGAUGUAUGGUAGCUGUGCUGUUGGUCCGCCGAUCCUAGCGCAGCGGGUCUUUGAUGGCACGCCAGUCAGGGACUUGAUCACAUGGAACGCCUUGAUGUCUGUGUAUGCUAAGAAAGGGGAUGUGAUUUCAACGUUCACGCUGUUCAUGGAUAUGCAGCGAGAUGAUUCCAGUAUUCAGCUGUGGCCAACGGAGCAUACCUUUGGUAGUUUAAUCACUGCAACAUCUCUGUCGUGGUGCAGUUCUAGUGUGCUUGACCAAGUAUUCGUGAGAGUGCUCAAAUCUGGUUGUUCUAGUGACCUCUACGUGGGUAGUGCUCUGGUUAGUGCAUUCGCAAGACAUGGCUUGCUUGAUGACGCUAAGGAUAUUUUCCUCAGUUUGAAAGAAAGAAAUGCAGUUACUUUGAAUGGUUUAAUGGUGGGUUUGGUGAAGCAACACUGUGGUGAAGAAUCAGUAGCUAUUUUCGUGGGGACGAGGGAUUCAGUUGCUGUUAACGCAGAUACAUAUGUUGUGCUACUCAGUGCCAUAGCUGAAUAUUCUGUACCAGAAGAAGGGUUGAGGAAAGGUAGGGAAGUCCAUGGGCAUUUGAUUAGAACUGGUAGUACUGACAUGAAAAUCGCUGUUAGUAAUGGUUUGGUUAAUAUGUAUGCCAAAUGUGGUGCCAUCGAUGAUGCCUCAAAAGUAUUUCAGCUAAUGGGAACGAGGGACAGGAUUUCAUGGAACACCAUCAUCUCAGCUCUUGAUCAGAACAAUAAUUGUGAAGAAGCAGUAAUGCAUUACUGUCUGAUGAGACAAGGUCGCAUAAGCCCAUCAAACUUUGCAGCCAUUAGUGGCCUGAGUUCCUGUGCAAGUUUGAGACUUUUAGCUGCAGGUCAGCAAGUACAUUGUGAUGCUGUUAAGUGGGGCCUAGAUUUAGAUACUUCUGUUUCAAAUGCACUGGUUAAAAUGUAUGGAGAAUGUGGAGCUAUGUCAGAGUGCUGGAAGAUUUUCAACUCUAUGACUGAACACGAUGAAGUUUCUUGGAACUCUAUGUUGGGGGUAAUGGCAAGUUCACAAUCACUUGUUUCUGAAACUGUGGAAGUUUUCUCCAAUAUGAUGAGGGGUGGUUUGAUCCCAAAUAAAGUUACAUUUGUAAACUUACUGUCUGCUUUGUCUCCGUUGUCUGUUCUUGAAUUGGGGAAGCAGGUUCAUGCUUUAGUGCUGAAGCAUGGAAUUGCAGAAGAUAAUGCCGUAGAUAAUGCACUCAUAUCAUGCUAUGCGAAAUCAGGAGAGAUGGAUUCCUGUGAGCAUCUCUUCUCAAAGAUGUCUAGCAGAAGGGAUGCCGUCUCAUGGAAUUCUAUGAUUUCAGGGUACAUUUUCAAUGGCCAUCUGCAGGAGGCUAUGGACUGUGUUUGGCUUAUGGUACACACUGGUCAAAUGAUGGAUUGCUGCACUUUCUCCAUUAUACUAAAUGCAUGUGCCUCUGUGGCAGCAUUGGAGCGUGGAAUGGAGAUGCAUGCUUUUGGCAUUAAGUCACACUUGGAAUCAGAUGUUGUGGUUGAGAGUGCUCUUGUGGAUAUGUACUCCAAGUGUGGAAGGGUGGACUAUGCCUCAAAGGUUUUCAAUUCCAUGACUUUGAGAAAUGAGUUCUCGUGGAACUCUAUGAUUUCUGGUUAUGCAAGACAUGGUCUUGGAAUGAAAGCCCUUGAGAUAUUUGAGGAAAUGCAGCGCAGCAGAGAAAUUCCAGACCAUGUCACCUUUGUUAGCGUACUAUCUGCAUGUAGUCAUGCUGGAUUAGUGGAAAGAGGUUUAGAAUACUUUGAAAUGAUGAGGGAUCAUGGUAUGCUGCCUCGGAUUGAACAUUAUUCUUGUGUCAUAGACCUUCUCGGCCGAGCUGGUAAGCUUGACAAGAUAAAAGACUACAUACAAAGAAUGCCAAUGAAACCAAAUGCUCUCAUAUGGAGGACUGUUUUAGUUGCUUGCCGACAGUCAAAAGAUGGGGAUAAGAUUGAUUUGGGGAGAGAAGCUUCAAGGAAGCUUUUGGAAAUAGAGCCUCAAAAUCCUGUAAACUAUGUUCUUGCAUCUAACUUUCAUGCAGCUACAGGAAUGUGGGAAGAUACAGCCAAAGCCCGAGCUGCAAUGAGGCAAGCAACAGUGAAAAAAGAGGCUGGUCGCAGUUGGGUAACGCUAAACGAUGGAGUCCAUACUUUCCUUGCUGGAGAUAGAUCACAUCCAAACACCAAGGAAAUAUAUGAAAAGCUGAAUUUUUUGAUACAAAAUAUAAGGAAUGCUGGUUAUGUUCCCCUGACAGAGUAUGCCUUGUAUGAUCUUGAAGAAGAAAACAAAGAGGAGUUGUUGAGCUAUCAUAGUGAAAAGCUAGCUGUUGCCUUUGUUCUAACUCGUUCCUCCUCAGGUGGCCCAAUAAGAAUAAUGAAGAACCUUCGGGUUUGCGGAGAUUGUCACACAGCCUUUAGAUACAUUUCUCAGAUCGUUGGCCGGCAAAUCAUUUUAAGGGAUUCUAUCAGAUUUCAUCAUUUUGUUGAUGGGAAGUGUUCUUGUGGGGAUUACUGGUAACUGAUUUGUAAGUCUGAUUCCAAUACCAGUUUUUAAUUUCUCAUCAGGUCAUAGUGCCACACUGCCAGGUCCAGAUUUCUUAACUUUCUCAGAUUUUAGGCAAUAUUUCUGUUCAAAUAUACAGUUACAGUUAGCAUCAAGAGAGAGAGUUUUGUGUUUCUCUUCGGAUGCAUGAAUUUACCAUUUCAUACCAAACUCUUGGUAAAUAUCAUUCCAUUUCCCCUACCCUAAGAAAUUUGCAAAGCAAUCACUGCAUCUGUCAAAUGCUUAAAGCUAACCAUUCUAACUUCUAACAUGGAAGUUGAAUUUGUUAUGCAGUUUGCUGUGAUGUGUAGACUAAUAUGGAGCUUUAGAGGUAUUUAGAAAUGACGAGCUGGAAGCCUAGAACUUGUGCUUAUUUUUAGGUGUUAUCUUUUAUCCAUAAUCUUCUGAAUAGCUACCUUUUUCCCCUUAUGCCUAUAUGAACAAGUGCAGUAUGUUUAAUAUUAUUCCCAAGCCACCACUUUGCAUGUGUUCAGGACAUUAUGAUGCGUGUUGGAAAUAAUCUCAUGUGAAUUAGUGUUCAGGUUCAGGGACAUCAGUAAUUAGCUAUAUUUCAGCAAGUAGUUAAAGAAGAUUAUGUGCUGAUCACAGGGAGGAAAAUCCUGCAUUGAUUAGGAUCCCAUCACUUCCAUAUUUUAGUCCUUUAUCAGCUAUAUAUAGUGGGGAAAAAACUGAUAGAAGCUGCAAGCAUUGUAGCAAUAAAAGUCUACUGUGUUCUAGUGUUCUUAGGUGAGUUCUUGAUGCUCGCCUCGGGAAUGAGGCUGAUAAUGUGCAUAUGUUACUGUACUAUCCUGGUUCAUCUACCUUAUUAACAUAUAUAACAGACUUGUGUGAGUUUGAACUCAAGCUACAUGAGCUGUUAGCCUGUUACCAGCUGAAAACAUAUACUUUGAUUGGAAUUUGGCACCUUGUAAUCGUACAUUAGCGUUAGCGAAGUUUUAUCCUUUUUCCAUGCAUCCUAACCCAGUUAAUCCCAAUUGAACCACCACGUGGCCUUUCGCCAUGAGUAAAUCCAGGUUGCUAAGCAAAGAAGAAAACUGGAAAUUGACUUUAUGUUCAUCCAAAUUCACAGGACAGUACAAAUGAAACCAAGUUAUAAGUUAAACAAUGUGCAAGGUUGAACUUUCUAUAUGCCAUAUUAUCAAGUAAGGUACAUUACAUUUAAAAGACUUAUACAGAACGACAACAGCAAAUGUCCACCUUUAAUCCAAGUCCACAAUUCCAAAAUUCGAGAGAAGGAUCUUCAUUUGCUGAACAAAAUCUGAGCCUG